AUGCUUGAUGCAUAUUUCCCCCGCAAUUGUCCACCUGGUACAUCCUGUUCCUUUCAUUUGGGACCUACACCACCCCAAGGAUUCACCCGCCAUAUCCUGAAGAUCCCUGCUAAAUCCCACGGUGAAUCGACGAGCUUCGACUUAAUUUUGGUACCUACCUUAACUUCCAAUUCCGAACUGUCUAGCUCAUCAUCUACCACUUCGAAACUAUGCUCUUCAACUGGAGAACUGAUGUUACCCGGGCAAACCGUCACAGCAUUUGCAGUUAAAACUCAAAAUUCCACACCAUCUCCCAUUCGAAAUGGAGGAGGCGAUCUCUUUAUUCCCAUUCCUGAAGCUUGCAUGGAGAUUGCUGAACAUUAUUUUACUGCUGCACACGAUUCUAGUACCUCUGGGAAAGAAACAUUCUCAACAAAUGGUAAAGUCACAGACGUUCAUUCCCUAUGGGAAGUUCUCUAUCGACGCUUGCUUGGCGAGGCAGUUCCGUUAUCGAAUCCCUAUAUACUGGAGGAAUCACAUGAUUAUUAUGGGGGUAGAAAAUGUAGGAAUAUAUACUGGGAACCAGACGAUAAUGAAGUUUUUGGUCCGGUGUGUCCUCUCUUUCUUCCUGCCUUAUCUCUUAAAGAAGUGAAAAUUAAUCUAAUUAUAAUGUAUUUGAAAUAGCUACUCGAAGCAAAUCCACUUUCCAAUUCCAAUUUUGAAAGCAUAAUACAACAGCAUACAUCCUCUUCUCCUUCACCCUCCUCCUCUAAUUUCAUCCCUUCUCCAUCAGAUUUUCCUUCAAUUCCCUGGUUAUGGGACAUGGACAUAACAUCCAUCAUCGCCUCCAAAUCUACUGCCAAUGCGAGGCAUCUUGAUGUCUGCAAUAUGCUGGCCUAUAACAGCGAUAUAUACAUUCUACGUUCAGCAUCACCCUCGGGUAUGAAAAUUGGACUGGAUGUAACGGCAAACGAGGGAGAGGAAAAAGAAGAUUUGGGAGGAGAAGCAAAAAGCUUGAAUAUACCACUAAGUUUAUGCAAUAGAAGGAGAAUCUGGAAAAUUCUUGAAACAGCUCGAGUAGGGGACGUGGAGGAGAUGGAAGGUAGCGGGCGAAUUUGA